CUUCUUUAAAUAAAGGCCCCUCUGUCCUUCUCCUUCACCCACCUCACCUCAGCUCAUCUCCAAUAAUAAUGGCUUCCAAAAAUCUUUCUUCAACAACCCUUCUCUUCUCUCUCCUUCUCCUCAUUGCUGUCGCCGCCGCCGGCGUUCCAUGCGACCAGCCCAAAACCAAGCCGGCCCCGGCCACACCCAAAAUCAAACCGUCCCCGGAAAUACCCAAAAUAAUCCGGCCGUCUCCGGCAGUCCAAUCGGCACACUGCCCAAAAGACACCUUGAAAUUUGGCGCGUGCACCAACAUUCUUGGAGUGGUCGGGGGCAUAAUCGGAAGCCCCGUCUCGAGCAAGUGCUGCGGUCUGGUGAGUGGGCUGACGGACGCCGAGGCCGCGGUUUGCCUUUGUACUGCCAUCAAAGCCAAUGUCCUUGGAAUCCAUUUAAAUGUCCCUGUUUCCUUAAGUUUGCUCCUCAGCUCUUGCCAGAAAUCUGUUCCCACCGGCUACCAAUGUAAAUGAUCCACACCAACAAUAAUCUGCAGGUUUCCAUCCAAAGUUUGGUUUCUGUUGGUGGGUCUUCUUCUUGUGUCGUUGUCUCUCCGUUAAUUACUUGUGUUUUCCAACAUCUCUGAUUUCUGUGCCUUUGUAAUAAAUGGGCAAGAUUUUUUUGCCCCAAAGUUUAAUUUGGUCAGCUUUCUUUCGCUUCUUUUGCUUCCUUCUCCCUCUCCCUUUGAUUUCACUACUCAUUACUCACGGUCAAGUGUUGGAGCUAGUAUUGAACUUGUUUUAUGGUUUAUUAGAGAUGUGUAUAUAUAAGUUGUGGUAUUGGAUUAAUUAGUCAAGUGCUGAUUUUGAAAA